GAGGCCGCGUGGACAUCGUGGGUUCCCUUCGACAUCGUAUGCGACGACCGUGGCAGCGCAAAAGCAUGCCUCGGUGCAACGCGCCGAUACAGGUCCAGUGCUUCCCUGCGCCGGGGCUGUGGGCGUCGUGUCUCUUGCCAUGGCCGUCCGGAGCUCCGCGUCGCGCGCGAGAAGGUCUCCUGGCAUGGUCGCCAUGGCUUCGAGGGGCGGCGGAGGUGAAGCCGCUGUGGCGCCGCGGCCGGAGGCUGCCGAGGAGCCGCAGUCCAGCGCGGCCGACGAGUGGCUGCUGGGGGUGGAGCUGCCCCAGCCACUGAAGCCCGCGCUCGGCAGCAGGGCGUGGGCGAGCUUCUCGGCCGCGCUGUGGCAGAUGAGCCUCAUCGGGGUCCUCGCCGCCCUGGGCACCCUCAUCGAGCAGGACCGAACUCCGCAGUUCUACGCUAAGGAAUGGCCGACAUGGUCAGGUAUCAUCCUCUCGUUCGGAUUCGACCAGAUGUACAGCUCGCCCAUAUUCAUUGGACUCCUGGUGUGGCUGGGCUUCUCCAUCAUGGCCUGCACUGGGACCACACAGAUUCCGCUCGCCAAGCAAGCGCAGAAGCUGCGAUUCCGUUCCGAGAAGGUGAUGAGGCGUGCCGCACAGUUCUUCGUGAAGGUAGACUGUGGCGCGCCCCAGCUUCAGGAAGGGAGUCUUGCGGGAGAGUCUCUGGCAACUUCGGCGGCUGCUACCAGGCUUGACAACCUCGAGCGCGCGCUACGACAUCGAGGGUUCGUUGUUCGUUCCCGAGAGGAGGACGGCGAGCACCAGCUGUGCGCGACCCGCGGGCUGUCUGGGAAGUUCGCGCCGAUGGUGGUCCACUUGUCGUUGCUUCUUGUUCUGCUGGGUGGUGCGGCCGGUAUCGUAUUCGGAGCGUCGAGCGAGGUGAUCAUCGGCGACGGAGGUGUGGCGGACAUCGGCCAGGUCUUGGACAGCGGCAGACGAGCAAAGGGUCCGCUGUACGAGUUUUUCAAUCCGUUCAAGGGCUUCUUGGACAACACCAAGCUGCGGGUGGAUAACUUUCGCAUCGAGUACCGGGAUGAUGGAGAGGUUGACCAGUUCUAUUCAAAGUUGUCAGUGCAGGACGGAAGCACCAAAGAGCAGCUCAUAAGUGACGAAAUCUACGUCAACAAGCCCUUGCGUUAUGGGGGCGCUACAAUAUACCAGGCAGACUGGGGAAUCGACCGGCUGCAGCUUUACGUCAAUGACGCUGCAUUGGUGGUGCCACUGAAACCAGUGAAAGGGGAGGGAGGGCUGCGCGUGUGGGCGGCGUUCCUGCCGUCCGAACUCGCUUUCGCUCCGAACCCCUCGAUAGUAAAGAAGAUCACAAGACCAGAUGAGGGGAUUGUGCUGGUCACUGAGAAUAUGAGGAAUGUGCAAGUGUAUGGGACCGAUAAGAACUUGGCUGCAAUCCUCCGGUCUCCAAAUGCGAAAAUGGAUAAGAGGAUGAAGGGUAUGCCUGUUCAAUUUGGCGAGCAGGUCACAGUUGAGGGCAGCGCGCUGAGACUGGAUAAGAUAGUUGGGUCCACAGGCUUGAUAGUAAAAAGUGAUCCAGGCGUUCCGCUCGUCUAUUUGGGAUUCGCACUUAUGAUGCCAGCUACUCUGCUCAGCGUAUUUCCAUUCGUAGAGGUGUGGGCAACCACCGGAAAGAGUUCAGAGACAGACGGGAACACCGAGCAGUUGUACAUUGCUGGCCGGGCCAACAGGAACCAACCUGCAUUCGAGGACGAAAUGAAGGCCAUGAUCAUCUCGGGGGCGCUGUGAGGCAGGGCUGCGGGUGACAGCCCAUUUGUGCCACGCCAGGCAGAAAGAACUGUCCCAUGCUUCACAUGCCUCUUCUCCCUCGCGCCCCCCUCUCUGCCUCCCCUCACACUGAACUUUUCAACGCAGUCACGCUUGCUUCCCGCGUUGUGUGUGUAUUCACACGCCGGUUCCAGUCGCGCAGCGUAGUUUCAGCGGAAGCCGUAGUUAUGAACGUCUCACUGCGGCUUGUGCUCGAAAUGCAGGGCAGUCAAAACGGAGUCGGAGUGCAGACACUGACGCGGACAUUCGGGUUGCGAACUACAACGUAUGUUGCACACGUUUGGUGGCAGAGUGAGCAUUCGUGUGCGUCACAACCGUCUAGACAAUCUGUUUAAUUUUCAUUGCAGAUGAUGAGGGAUGAGUCCGGGAUGAGCAAGGGUUGCAUCACAAUCUCGCUGAACAUCUAUAGCUAGAAGCAGCCUGUCUUCGGCUUCGACCAUUAUUUUGCCAAGAGCUUUCUGGAC